CAACUUUUGGGCGCUAAAUGAGUUUUGGUAGUCUUGUUGAGUUAAUCAAAAUUAUAAACAAACGCAAGUUCUAACAUGCAAAUUAUGUUAACAAUCGUUAUUUGUUAAAUGAAUAUGGAAGAAGAAAAACUUUUGCGUAAAAAAAAGAAAGCUCUAAACGGAAGUAACAGAAGAGCCUUAGCAGAAGCUUGUAAUGAUUUAGCUACGUUUUAUUACAAAAAUAAUCGAUACAAUGACGCUCUCGACGAGUAUAAAAUUGAAGCCUCGGUAUGCAAAGAGUUGGGUCUCCGUAUGGAAUGGGGGAAUUGCAGCAGGAUGAUCGGCGAGAUGUACAUGUUAAUGGCUGAAUUUGAUAAAGCCCUGAAAUACGAAGAGAGACAUUUGGCUGUAGCUAAAGAAUUAAAGAACUUAGUGGAAGAACAAAGAGCUAUGGCAACAUUAGGCAGGAUAUAUCUGCUACAAGGACAAAGCACAACUGAUGAAGUUGAGGCAAAGACAUCUCUGAAUGCAGCAGAAAAAGCUUUUAUGAAAAGCUUAGUGUUGUGUGAAAAUUUAAAUGGAAAAAUAAAUAAACAUGAGUUAAUGGACAUGAGAGCCCGGUUACUCCUGAAUAUUGGUGUGGUCCAAGAACACCUUGGUUUUCUUGAAAAAGCAACAGAUUGUAUACAUAAAGCAAUCUCAAUAUGUUCUAAUCAGGACUUGUAUGAAGUAUUACAUAAUUGUUAUAUGACUGAAGCAUUGCUACAUAGCAAUAAAAAGAAGGAUUAUGCAAAAGCUUUAAGUUGCUUGAAUAAGGCCCUUGAAAUAGCAAGUAGACUGGAGAAUAAGGUUCUGAAGACGUGUGAAACACUAUCAUCAAAAGCAGACAUACUGUGCAAAAUCUCAGACUAUCAGAGUGCCAAACAAGUGCUCCUCAAAGCAUGGAAGUUGAAGACCCCUGAUGAAGAAGAAAGGGAUAAUAUUGAAACAAAUUUGAGAGUUGUGGCAGCAAUGUGCUAUACAGAAGAUCUCUUAAUCUCAACGGAUCCAUCAGACCACGCGACCUUCAAGAAACUCUAUGAGAAGCUUGGAGAUGGAGCUUGUCACAUUCGGAAUUAUCCCGGGGCCGUAGAGUAUUAUCUGAAGAUGUUGGAACACGCUGAACUAGCUGGAGAUUGUGGAAAGACUUUAAUACCCAUUUAUGUUAGCUUGUAUCAAACAUACAAAGACAUGGGUUUGUAUAGUGAAGCCUUAGAUUAUUACGAGAAAGAAUACGAACUUAUAAAGGAUGUCCCGAAAGAAGCAUACACCACACUCUACAACAUUGCGGAGACAUUGUAUCUGGCUAAGAGGCCUUAUGAACGAGUAGAAGAGGCAUGCUUAAAUGCUCGGAAAGCUGCACAAGAUUGGAAUAAAAGGAAAUAUGAAAUCAGAAUAUUAAGAAAUCUUCUAAAAUACCAAGAGGCAUAUUUUGAGAUUGAUAAAACGGAAGAGACCAAAUAUGAACUAAGAACAUUGGGCUGUGAUAAUUUUGACUACGUGGAGCAUUCCGAAGAUGAUCAGAGUUCAGCGGGUGGGGGGGACGAUGACACGACUCAUAUCGGUGAUGAUAUAUGCCUGGAUGAUCUUACAGAUAUGUCUGACACAAAUGAAGAAGACGUGACAGAGACGAAACGGGAGACAAGAAAGAGAGGGAAGGGUUACGUUAUAAAGAAAAAUAUGAAAGGCGAAACACAGUUACAUGUAGCUGCUAUAUCCGGAAACAAACUUCUGUUGGAACGGCUUCUAGCCAACGGACAUCCGGUCAAUAUCAGGGACAAUGCCGGCUGGCUACCCCUACACGAGGCUUGCAUUCAUGGGCACCUUGAAAUAGCUAACAUGCUCAUACACAACGGAGCCAACGUCAAUGAUCGGGGCGGCUCUAACUGUGAUGGUAUUACCCCGCUGUAUGACGCCGCCAGUAAUGGUCAUCUCGAAGUCGUACAGCUACUCCUAGAAAAGGGCGCGAUACCUUCACUGAAGACAGACUUCGGGGACACGCCCUUAAGGGCACUGCAGAAAUGGCGAGCCGGCACUAUCCUGACCAGAGACGAAGAAACCAUGUACAAUAACGUGUGCAAUAAAAUCCAAAAUUCAAGCGAUAGAACCAGCACUGACUUAAGGUGCAAAUCGGUGACUCCGGUCAAAAAUGAAGACGAAAUCGCUCCGCCGAGCACGUCCAAAUGCAAGAGGAAUCUAGACUCACCGGCGCUCAGACGCAGAAAUAUCAUUGAUGACGCCAGCGAUGACGAAAUCGAUCUGUCUCAGAACGUCCGGAGAGAAUUGGCGUUCCCGUCCGACGAUUCAAACGAUUCCGACGAAAAAUCAAACGUUAAUAUGGAGGUUUCCGGUGUCAAAGAGUACAGGAGUGCCAUGUCCGCUUUGAGAAACAGAAACCUCAACGACCAUUCUGAAGUUAAUACGAAAAAGACCAAGCCUAAGUCAGCUCUGUUAGCCCCCGAAGAGGUCGAUGAUGAUUGGCUGGAAGAUGAUUUGGGUAUCAAUAAAAAUAAAAAGAGAAAACUCAGCGACCCACUCACGAUCGUCUCGAAGAAACCUUCGUACGAGCAAAUCAAAGAGAGCGUUGACAGUAUCAAUAACAUACCUGAACCUCUGAUCGAAAAUACGUUGAAACAAAAUAGGUCACGGAUCGAUGACGUCAUCGAUGUAGACUAUAUCUCGGAUUACGAUCGAGCAGACGAGAACAUUCGACCCGAAGCAAGUCCCGCCAAAUUCGCGAGGAACAAUACAAGAGAAUUAGAUUUUAAAACGAACGACAGCAGGGAGAACAUGAGGAAACGCUGGAAGCGCCAGAGCACGCUACUGAAGUCCGGCUUCCAGAGGAAACUGGACGAGGACCAAUCCAGUAACAGCGGAAGUGAAACCGAAUUUACUAGAAGAGACUCUUUUCAUGCUAGAAACAAGUCGAUCUCCCGACAUUCUUCCGCCGAAAAUUUCAAUGAAGGCUUCAAUAUAAUGCAAAAUAUUAAUCCUAAUAUCGUCCAACCGGUAAAUGUGAUACAGCCAAUUAAUAUAGUCAAAUCGACGAAGAACGGGAGGCCCGUACAGACGCAGAUACUACCACCGGCCGCCGUGAAGGUACACAUAGAGGACAAAGUGUUGCUGAUCUCUUUGAAAUUGGACACAAUAAACAGAUUGACGAUAAGCUGGCUGGUUGAGGAAGUCAAGACCAGAUAUUAUAAACUGACCGGCGUGCGUCCAGUGUUCAGCCUGAUGACGUCAGACGGUGCGAUUCUCUCCGAAGACGACCCCCUGAGCCUGGUGCUUUCGUCGCCCGAACUGAAGACCUGCAUCACCAACUGGAAGGCUUCUCCAGCUGAAGAACGAUACUUGGAGUGCUGUGAUGCUUUAGGAACGUCGCCCUCGAAGGAAAUUCAAGAGGCAAUCGGCCGGAGUCUCACGACUCGCAGACUCGCGCUCGGUCCGCAGACGCUCUCCUCAUCGCAAACACGACCCCUCUUCAGAGCGAUCACCCACCAAACACACAUCACGGCCAUCAUAAUGUCGGACAACAAUUUGGGAGACGCCGGCGUCAAACAUCUAGUUGAUUGUGUGUCGACAUUGAAACACCUGACGCUGAUUGAUAUCAGCAAAAACAAUAUCUCCAGUGAAGGAACGAAAUUGAUACUGAACUUGUUCGAGAAAUCGCCCAGAAUGGUGUGUCAAUCGUUAGAGGAAUUUGUAAUUAGCAACAAUCCAAUUUCUGAUGACGGAUUCCGGAAUAUAAUCAGAAUGUGUCAGCAUGUGCGAUUGAAAACGUUAAAAUUGAACAAUUGUAAAAUAACCGAAAAAUCGAUUAUUGAUAUGAAUAAAUCGAUUAAUAUCGAUAGCCUGGAAUCGAUUGAUAUUAGUGAUAAUGAUAUGAAACAAAAUGCAGUGGAGUAUGUAUUGUCGUCAUUAAACGCGAAUCGGUUAGUUGAUUUGGAGUUGAACAAUGUAGGAUUGGAAGGGAGUGCCGUUGGAUGUGUUGCCAGCUUCCUGGAUUCUGCUAAAGAUUUAAAGUUAAGGCGCUUUGGUUUGUCGAACUGUAAACUCGUCGAUGGACAGUUUAUGAGAAUAUUCAGAAGCCUGAGCAGAGCGAAACACCUACAGUCAAUAAGUCUAAGGAAAAACAACAUAACAUUUAUAACACUCAAGAAACUGCUACAAAGACAGCCGCCUGUGCCACAAGUGAACUUAGAAGGGUGCCCGGACAUAUUCAAGUACUCGCCCGAUUCAGAUUUUCAAGUGUGGCUACCAGCAGUCAACUUUGGACGGUGUUUACCUGAAAUCAAUGUCACCCCAGUGUCUAAGAGCGAGGAGGAGAGAGACAGUUUUAAGUCUUUCUCUAAAACCUGGCUCAGUUGUUUCAAUGGUAGGGGUGUCAUAGAACAUUGCGAUGGAACCGUAAUCAAACUAACGGCUAGGUGAUGAUGCAUCUUUAAAUCGACUUUAUCUGUCCUGAUUUUAAAGUUUUUUUACGGAUUCCUUAUCUACGACGUAUCAGUGUUAUGUGCGUGUUUUAUUUAAUUGCUAGCAGGCAGGCUAGUGUACAGCCCAGUGGGAGAGGACUGUCAAGUGACCGGAAAUGUCCUAUUCAGUGCUGCUAGAUCUGAACUGAUACUGCUUUAGACUGUUCACAAUACGGCCAUAUUAAUUUUGAGGAUUGUUUUUAUUGCUCAAUCAAAUGUAAUAAAAAAUAACCUGUUUGAAUUUGUACAAAUGUGGUCCACCUAUUUAUUUCAUAUUUUAUGUUGAUUUUGCACCAGUAAGCUCCUAUUAAGUAACACGAAAUUUUGCCCACCUAAAAUAGCCAAGGUAUCUUCAUUUUGUAGAAAACAUUUUAUAGGACAUUGCAAUUAUUUUUUUUUGUAAAUAUUUUAACACAAUUUAAAACGAUGAAUGUAUUAAACAUUUAAGAAUGAACAUCCUUAAACAGAUGAUCCGUCUUUUUGGAGAAGCUGUAUUAUUUAAGUGUACAGGACUUUACAUCCGGGAGGCAAAGUUCAGUGACUGUUACAUUUUCCUACACUAGCAUUUGAGACGUGCACUCUAACAGUUACCAAGCGGCUGAUAAUGCUACGCCAUUAUUACAAAUUAAACGUAAAGGAUUAGGAACAAGACAUUCCACGCAUCCUCCAUCACUGUUCACAUAUCCGCCGAAAAUUACCACAGAUAACACUAAAUCGAAUUAUACCUACCUCCAUAAAGUAUCAAAAUAUGAUAAUUAACAUUUAAUUAUUAAUAAUAAAAUUGAAUGAAUUCGUAGGUCGAAUGUUAAAUCUACUUAAAGCUUAAAGUAGUGAAAUAACACUAUUUUGUCGCUUCCGAUUGUGUUUGAAUUUGAGUGAUAUUGGAAAAGAAAAUGUGGUGUCGCCAUUCUUAGGCUACGUUAAUACAUUCAUAAGUCAUAAAUAUGUAUAUUUUAGGCUGUAUGAACAAUCGUAAAUAUUGACGAUUUACUUUGUCUACAUGUAUUUAUGGGAUUUAUUUGUGUAAAACAGUGAGGUUCAGAUGACAGAUAAGUUAUAUUCAUAUUUAUGUUAUUUAUAAAACUGUAUAAAAAAGGGAAUGUAAUUUUUUACCUACAGCCUGUAGUACUUCAUGAAAAUUGGUGUUUGUUUUUCUCGCGUCUCGUUGACAAAAUUGAACACCCUGUACAUGAAAUGCUAAAGAGUUUUAAUUGA